AUGACCAAAGACAUUGAAAAAUGGACGUCACCACACAACCUGCAGAAGGUCCUGCCUCCAACAUUCCACCUGUUGUGGAUCCAGACAUCACCACACAACCUGCAGAAGGUCCUGCCUCCACCAUUCCACCUGUUGUGGAUCCAGACGUCACCACACAACCUGCAGAAGGUCCUGCCUCCACUAUUCCACCUGUUGUGGAUCCAGACGUCACCACACAACCUGCAGAAGCUAAGACGCUUAAAAAAAUUAGUUGUGCUGUGGUUCUGUUCUGUUAGGCCACCGGCUAACAGAACCUAUCUGGACCCAACGGACCGGCUUCCCCUUUCGUGUUUCUGGCACCAUCAAGUUUACGGUUCUGGUCCCAGUGGGUCAGAACCUCUGGACCGACUCAAACCAGUCCGGCGUUUUGUUCCAGGCCUCUACGGAUCUGCCCUCCAUGUCUGGGACUGGACCACCCACAGGAAGCUGCAGACUCUGGAACUGGGAGAAGAUGGCGCCAUUCCUCUGGAGGUCCGCUUCCUGCACGACCCCGACGCCACCGAGGGCUACGUGGGAUGUGCCCUGCGGGGAUGUGUCUUCAGGUUCUACAGAACCCCGAAAGGCGACUGGGCAGCAGAGAAGGUGAUCAGUGUUCCCAGUAAGAAGGUGGAGGGAUGGAUGCUACCUGAGAUGCCAGGCCUCAUCACCGACAUCCUGAUCUCAUUGGACGACCGCUUCCUCUACUUUAGCAACUGGCUCCACGGUGACAUCAGACAGUAUGACAUCACAGACCGCAGGAACCCACAAUUGGUUGGACAGGUGUUCUUGGGAGGAAGCAUCAUCAGAGACGGACCAGUCAAAGUCCUGGAGGAUCCAGAAAAGCAGGAACAGCCGGCUCCUUGCAUCAUCAAGGGGAAGCGUGUCCCUGGAAGUCCCCAGAUGCUGCAGCUCAGUCUGGAUGGUCGGAGACUUUACGUCACCACGUCUCUGUUCAGCGGUUGGGACAAGCAGUUCUACCCGGACAUGAUGAGAGAGGGCUCAGUGAUGAUGCGGAUCGACGUGGACGCGGAGCGGGGCGGUCUGUCCCUCAACCGGGACUUCCUGGUGGACUUCGGUCAGGAGCCCGACGGCCCGGCUCUGGCCCAUGAGCUGCGCUACCCGGGGGGCGACUGCACCUCCGACAUCUGGGUCUGACGCCCGACGGACAGAGGAGCGCUUUACCAACAGGGGCGCUGUGGUUAGAGAUUUGCUACUGAUUGUAAGCUGAUCCUCCUUUGAGGAAGGGAGGGUGAAAUGUUUCUGCCACGUGCUGAAAAGCCUUUGAAUAAAUCAGAUUUGCCUUCUGCAUCC